UUUGGGGCCAGUUACGUACGUUGAGUCCAGGAAAAAGAAGUAUUCAGUGCAUGAGCUGACAAUACUAAGAACCUAUGGACGACAACACUGGCCCACCAAGAGUUAAGUUAUCUUACAAAGGAAACAAAGUGUCAUGCCAUUUAGCAAUAAAAAGAGAAUUAGUGACAAUGGGAGCACACAGAUUAAAAGAAAAGUCCAUGAACAAAUUCUUUAUGUCAACAACAGGAAUAAGAAAAAGGAAAAAUGUAAAAAUAUCAAGAAACCUGAAGACACGCGUGAAUUGUACAAUCUCAGUCAGACCAAGAAGUUCAGUUCACUUAGGGAACUCAAGGAGUCGAUUGAAAGGCAUGAAUCUGAACCGGUUGGAUGUGAAUGUGUACGCGUGAACUCAAACUGCAGCCCAAAAUGUGAUCUGUUGGAAUGUCCGAAUAAAAAUGACCACACAACGUGUCAACGUCUAGGAAAUGAUUUCUGGAAUGAGAAAUACAGGUUAAGGACAUUUAUAAAAUAUCCCAAAUCAGCUGCUAAAUCUGCGAUCUAUUUAUCAAACGCUGGCUUUAUUUACACCGGAACUGGACAGGAUGGAGACUCCAGGGUAACUUGUGUAUUUUGUGGAGUGACUAUCAAGUCUUGCAACCUUCUUUGUGAUCUAGAACAGUUUCACAAAUCUUUAUCUCCCGAGUGCCCAAUGGUUUCUGGAAGCAGCUCUGCAAAUAUCUCGUUUACUUCUAGUGUGCGUUCUGAUUCAGACUUUGAUGUACUAUUGCAAGAAGCAGAAAGACUUGGUAGUUUGCUACAAACUGAUUAUCAGCCCUCAGCGUUAGAGGAAAUGGGCGCAGCAAAUAGUUUUAAGCAUUGUAAGAAUAGUUGCGAGAAAUCAAGCCACAAAUCAGAUACACCAACUUUACACCAUCAAUAUUAUCAAGAGAUUAGUUCUUUACAAUCUGAAAGAAAUUCUGCUGUAAAUGUGAUACACGAUUUACCAGAAAAUUUGACAAGUUUCUUGAUGUCACAGAGAAAUGAGAAUACCACGACUCCAGAUGACAUCUCACCUCAAGUGUCCAGCCAGAGAGAGGCUACAGAUGUCUUAUCAUUACAGCCAGACCACAUGCAGACCAACGGAAGCCAGACACAAAGUAUUGAAUCAAACAGAUCUUCGAAUAGUUUACACUCACUUUCUAAUAGUGUCACAUCUUCUACAACUCCAGAAACACGAUCAAGCACGACGUCUCUUAAUAGUAACACCAACAUUCCAGCAUCAACUACAAGUAAUGAGCACUCGCCAGCUAACCCAAGCAGCCAGAGAAACCCAACCUACAGUGAGCUGGGCAUCAUCACGGACAGACCAAAACGUGUAGAGUAUGCGCUGACAUCAGAAAGGCUAAAGUCAUUCAGCAGCUGGCCGAGAGGGCAUUUCCUUGAACCAACUGACCUGGUCAACGCAGGUUUCUAUUAUAGUGGUAACGGAGACUGUGCCAGGUGUUUCUAUUGCGGAGGAGGUCUCAAAAACUGGGAGGAUGAGGACGAUGUUUUGGUGGAACACGCCCGAUGGUUCUCAAAGUGUGCUUACAUUCGGAGCAAAAUGGGCCAGGCCUUUGUCGAUGCUGUCAAAGUGUUAAAUGAAUCGCAUGAUGUGAUUACGUUUAAAAUGGUUACAGACCAAAUGGGUGGUCAAGCAUGCUCUGGUCAAUUAGAUCCCAGAGAUAACCCACUCAGACGAGACCCAGCCGUUAAAACUAUGGUAGAUCUGGGUUAUAAAGAAUUGGAUGCUUUGGAAAUAGCUCAACUUUUGAAAGACAGAGAAUUGACCCUGACAGCUGAUUUGUUGAUAGAAACAUUAACACAGGAAGGAAAAGUCGCGCAGACCAACUUUACGAACUUCGACCAGGAAACAACUUUCGAUGAAGACAAAGAAAAGGUCAGACUGAUAAAAGAAACAAAUCUCCACCUUCGACAACAGACAGUAUGUAAGAUGUGCCUGGACAAUGAGGUCUCUGUGGUCUUCUUGCCUUGUGGUCACCUGGUCUCGUGUUCUGAAUGUUCGUCUGCUGUAUCCAAGUGUCCGAUGUGCAGAGCAGACGUGAAGGGCAUUGUGCGCGCUUUUCUGAGUUGAAUGAAAAUAAGUUUGCAAUCGCUCUUUGGGAUCUUAACAGAGGCUAUAUGAUGUAAAAUUUUUUGUAUUGUUUUCUGUUGUUGUUAAUACGAAUAAAUUAAAUACACACA